AUGGAAAAUUGUUCAAAUUCAAUCAAAUACGAUGAUGAUAUGUUCAAUAACAAUAUUGAAGAACCCAAUGAAGAUUAUAUUUUUGAUGAAGAUAAUCUAGAUGAAAUUAGACAGUUUGAUUCUGAAGAUGAACUUGAUUAUGAUAUUACUGAGCUCAUCAAUGCAGCUAUAAAUAACACAAAAUAA